AUGACGAUAGCAAUAGCGAUUGAAGAUGUUCAUAGGGAAGUGAAAAUAUUAAAAGCAUUAUCUGGGCAUAACAAUCUUUUUGAGGACACAAACAAUGUCUACGUAGUUAUGGAAUUGUGCGAGGAUGCAGAACUACUGGACAAAAUUCUGGCAAGUGGUGGAAGAUAUAUGGAGGAAGAUGCUAAAAAAAUUAUCGUGCAAAUCUUGAAUGUAAUUGCCUUUUGUCAUCUUCAAGGUGUUGUGCAUCGUGAUCUAAAGCCAGAGAAUUUUCUUUUUGUCACCAGAGAUGAGGAUUCUCCAAUGAAGGUUAUUGAUUUUGGUCUAUCUGAUUUUAUUAGGCCAGUCUCUUCGCCUGGGCAGGACCAAGCCAUUGGGUUUCUGAGAACCGUGUCGUGUUUGAUGCUCGCUUCUACUUUCUUUUCUGACUUCGUUGCCGCAUUUUUCGGUUUGAGAAUGUUGAGUGAGAGAUUGAUUAUACCCAUUGAAGAAAUUACUGGAGAGAUCGAGAUGGCGAUGGUGUUAGACCAUGUCGAGGUCGACGGGGACCGAACCCAGAAGCUGUAA